AUGGCGACCCAACACGCAGGUCCCGAAAAUGAGGACGAAGAAUUCCAUACCCUCUUCACUACCUUCCUCGACAAGACUGUCAGCCGACCUUUUGCGCGCGAUCACCUCCGGCGCGUUCUUGAAGGCCUCCCCGGCAACAUUCGGAGCACGUCGCUCCUGCCGAUAGAUGAUAUGGAACUUCGCAUCGAAUAUAUCAAUCGGCUCGAGGAAUUUUGGCGCCUCAGUUUCGAAAAGUUGACCAAGCAGAGUAGCGCCAAAGUUAAGCGCUUCUGCGAUGUCCAGUUCGCUGCCCUUUACCUCAUGGAUUUCCAACAGCUCAAGAGGUACGCCACAGGGGAGGCCCAUGAGCGCGACGUCUGCUACCUCCUAGAAUGCCUAGAGCCUGUACCCGCCUUGGUCAAACUAAUGACCGGAAAGAAGACGAGCGACGAAGAGGCUGAGAUGGCUGAGAGGGCGACAUACGUCCCUGAUCUAAUCCUUUUGCCUCCCUCUCAAGCUCUUGCGCCUUUGCGUCGACUUUCGCAACAAAGCAACCCGCCGAGAUUCGAGUCCCAAACCGGAAGGGCCAAGCGGAACGAGGCAGAAGCUGAUGCACGGAAGAUGCUCGACGACCACCGAUGCAUCCUUACUAAGCAGAGCUUCCCGCACGCCUGUCAUAUUAUUGGCUACGCAGUUAACAUGAGCGAUCGGAAGUGGAAUAUGCUCUCGCUCAACCCAACGCUACAUGGCUGGUGGUCGCGGGGUUGCUUCGGCCUCAAGUGGAUUGGGCUGGCUGCUCCUCGUUCCGCCGACCCAGAGGAAAUCCAGACCGUCCUUCUUCAGUUCGAGUGGUUGAUGUGGAGAGCAAGACCCGUCGGUGAAAGAAAGCCAGCAGGGCAGCUAGGGCGAACAGCCGAGGAGAUUAAAGCGGCGUUUCCCGAUUAUUCGGCCCCCGAGAUGAUGCGCAUUUGCGGCAACCCAGCCCUACCCGACCCAUAUCCCUUACUUGCCAUGUGCCGGCCCGCCACCGGGUGGAAUAUUGAACAUGGCGAGGUCUUUGAAGCGAGAAUCCAGCAGAAGUACGUCAUGAAUAUGAAGCUUUGCGUGGAUAUACAGCAGUCGAUCAAUCGCCUCAUUGCCAUGGCUGGAGGGGCCGAAGCGCUCGACGACCUGCCGGACAAACCCGAAUUCCUUAACGAAGACGGACGCUUCCCGGGGUUGGUACAAGACUUUCUACAUACUCAUAAGCAGACCACUUUGGCAAUGCGCGAUGAAGAUAAAGACGCUGGGAAAGCUGACUCUGAAGACGAUAAUAUUGGUAACGAUGGUAUCAUUCGUACGGUGCUGGAAUAG